AUGGGAGGAACCCAAAGUACAGCAGCUAAGGGAUAUGGGUACCAUGUAUUACGGGUACAAGAGAAUUCUCCCGCUCAUGCUGUAGGCAUAGAACCAUUUUUUGAUUAUAUCGUUGGAAUUAAUGGAGUUCAAUUGGUUAUUGAUGGUUCAUAUUUUCAAGAACAAUUGCUUUUAAAUAUUGAAAAAGAAGUCAUCCUAUUGAUUUAUUCUACAAAAGAACAGGAAUUUAGAGAGGUUUCACUAAUUCCUAAUAGAGUUUGGUCGAGUAAUCCUAAAGAUGGAUUAAUUGGUUGUAGUAUUCGAUAUUGUUCAUAUGAGAGCAUGAACGAGCAUGUGUGGCAUAUAUUGGACAUUGCGGCGGAUAGUCCGGCGGAAAUGGCUGGUUUGGUCCCACUGACAGAUUAUGUGAUUGGAACACCGCAUGCUACUCUACGUAGUGAAACAGAUUUUUAUGAUUUAAUUGAAGGAUAUUUGGAGAAACCACUUCGACUUUAUGUAUAUAAUGCUGAUUUUGAUGUUUGUAGAGAGGUUAUAAUUGUUCCAAAUCAUGAAUGGGGUGGUGAAGGAUCCUUGGGUUGUGGAGUUGGUUAUGGGUAUCUUCACAGAAUCCCCAAAACGAACAAAUUCAAAUCACAUGAAAAAGAAUUUACAUUAUCGUGGGAUGCUUUACCUCAAGAGACACGGAUAGAACCUGCUACCGCCACCGAUUUAACCGAUUAUCAACAAUAUAAUCCCGAAAAUGAUACUAUAACUCCAACUUUAUAUCAUGUUGAAAGUAAUAACAAUAAUCAAAAUGCUGAAUUGUUUACUCCCGCAAAUCUUCAACCAAUAAUGAUGAAUAUUGAAAGUGUGAGUAAUGAAAGUGAGAACAUAAUAACAUCAAAAAAAGAAGGGAUCAAUGAAAGAGAGAUCGAGGAAGCUUUUGAAGAAAAGGUUAUUAUUAAUGAAAAACAUGAAAAGCAAGGAAAACAAGAUUAA